UCGAAUCGCGCCUAAUCGCGUAUACGCCGCGUAUUCCCAUUCUCAUUUCGUAUUAAAUGCAAACAAUAAUUUUUUAAUUUGCAAAUUAUGGGACGGCGAAGAGCAUAGCAUCCAAUUCAGUCGCCCAGCGAAAGCCGAACGAAACGGACGUGUUUCUUUUUUUUUCUUAUACCACCGAGAAGGAAUACAGAAAAAUACAGGGGUAAAAUAAAAAAAAGGGGAAUGGAUUUUUGCGAAUUUGGUAAAAACAGCACGAGAACAACGACGGAUAGGUAACGUUCGAAAACUGAUAAGUGCAACUUGUGAAAUUGAUACUGGAGGAGCGAGCGAGCCCUUGAUUCUCGAUUGAAAUGCGCGGAAGUUUCCACUUGUCGAGCAGUCGAAGCAGUCGGAGCUAUCAGAGCCAGCAUACUGAAUACCCCCGGUAGUCGACGACAUAGCCACUAAAGCUAAUUGUGAGCCAUUAAUUGAUUGGCAGCGAACAGUGAACCACCGCCGGCUGGUAGAGAAACGCCCCCUUUUUUUCCAACCCCCCCUUUCCCCACACACAUAAAAUAUAAAAUAAAAAGCAAGGAAAGACAACAGAAUGAAGGGCCAGCAGGAAGAGCAGCUGGUGCCACCGGCCUACAAGCCCACCGUUGUGGCUGGAAAGGACACCUCGAAGGACGCCAAAAAGGAGAAGCCCCUGGGCGAGGGACGCCUAGCAGUUCUGCGGCAGGAACUGAUGGUCUUCCUGGGCAACACCGGCGUCCUCGGCUCCGGAAUGGUCGUCAGCAUGCCCGCCGUCACCCUCACCCAGCUGCACGACGAAACGCAGCCCUUUUGGCUCAACAAGGACGAGUCCAGUUGGUUUGCCUCCAUUCAAAAUAUGGCCUGUCCUCUGGGUGGCCUGCUGGUUAGCUACUUCCUGGACAGGAUUGGCCGAAAACACACUAUCCUGCUGACCAACCUGAUAGGACUCAUUGGCUGGAUCCUGCUGGUCACAAGCUUCAUGCACUCCGAUCGGGAUAUGAUCUACUAUCAGAUGCUCCUGGGUCGCUGCUUUGGUGGCAUCAUGAUAGGGAUGUUCGUCUCGCCCGUGGGCGUAUAUUCCGCCGAGAUAAGCUUGCCCAGGAUACGGGGUCGCCUGAUAUUGGGCACUUCGCUGGGCCUGGCCAGCGGCAUCCUGCUGAUGUACGUCCUGGGCUACUUUAUAAGACACAACCUCCAGCUGAUCUUCGCCAUCAGCUGCUGCUACCAACUGGCGGCCACCCUGUGCGUCUUCCCCAUGCCGGAAUCCCCCAGCUGGCUGCUCACAAAGGGCAAGGAGGAGCGGGCCAGGGCGUCGCUCAGAUACUUCCGCGGUCUGCCAAAAAAAGAGGUGGACUACGUGCCGGAAUUCGAGGCGGAGCUGGCGCACAUGAAGGAGCUGGCGGAUGCGAGCAAUACGACCGCCGCCGGGGAGUCCCUCAGCCAGAUGAUCCACCGGCCGGAGGUCUACAAGCCCGUCCUGAUGAUGACCACCUUCUUCGGCUUUCAGCAGGCCUGCGGUGUGGUGGUGAUCAUCGUGUAUGCCGUGCAGAUUGCCCAGCAGGCGGGCGUCACAAUUGAUCCUGUCCUGGUGGCCGUAAUGCUGGGCGUGGCCAGGAUAAUCACGACGCUCUUCAUGAGCGGAAUCUUCGAGAAGUGGGGUCGCAAACCGGCGGGGAUUUUCUCGGCCACCGGCAUGGGCUUCUGCAUGCUGCUCCUGGCCGGCGGCAAUUGGUUUCCCGACACUCUGGGCACCUGGCACUGGCUGCCGGUGGCCUGCAUCGUCUGCCACAUCAUCUUCUCCACCAUGGGCAUGCUGACGCUGCCCUUCUUCAUGAUCUCCGAGGUCUUUCCGCAGCGCGCGAGGGGCAGCGCCUCCGGCAUAGCCAUCUUCUUUGGCAUGAUCCUGGCCUUCGUGAUGCUAAAGAUCUAUCCGAAUAUGAAGGAUGCCCUGGGCACCGCCAAUCUGUUUGCCUUCUAUGCGGGCAUCUCCUUUUUGGCGGCCGCCUUCAUUGGAACCUUUGUCCCCGAGACGAAGGGCAGGACGCUCGAGGAGCUGGAGGAGCGUUGGCAGACGGGCAAGUUCUCGCGAAGAUUGACGCUCGUCAACCUGAAGGACGUGGAGCUGCACGAAGUGUUCCUUAAAAAAUAGUUUAAAAAUUUUAAUGAUAAAAAUUAUAAAAUGGGGGUUAAAGUAAAGUUUCAUUGGCGCAUUCGCUGGUUUUUCGUGUCUC